AAAAACCAUGCCUAGGGUUUUGUUGGAAGUUCGUAUAAGUACGAGUGGAACUUCUCGUAAGUCUUUCCUCUCGCUCGUUCUUCAACCCUAGCUAACAUCUCCGGCAUCCCUGGUUUCUCGAUUUUCCUGUUUUUGAGAAUUCAAAGCACUUGCCAAGAUGCAGAACGAAGAAGGGCAAAACAUGGAUCUUUACAUCCCCAGGAAGUGUUCUGCCACAAAUAGGCUGAUCACUUCGAAGGACCACGCCUCGGUCCAGAUUAAUAUCGGACAUGUUGAUGAGAAUGGCCUAUAUACUGGCCAUUUUACUACCUUUGCUCUUUGCGGUUUUGUCCGAGCUCAGGGAGAUGCUGAUAGUGCACUUGAUCGGCUCUGGCAGAAGAAGAAGGUUGAGGUUCGCCAACAGUAAAGGUGGAGGAUUAUUUUUUAGGUUGGAUUUUGCUACAAAAGCCUGCAUGAGGGGGAAUAGAAACUUUUCUGUGAUGACUUGUUUUGAUCCUUCUUUUAGCUAGUAUGCGAUGGUAAAAAACUAGAGAUAUAGAUGAUGAAAGAGUACUUUGCCAUUGUGUCUUUAUUUGUAUGAGGAUUGAGAUUUUUCUUAUUAACAAUUUGCCCUUAGUUGGACCUUAAUCAA